AUGGACAGCCUCGCAUCCGCCACGAGCUGGAGUUACGCCCACCCGGUGCAGGCAGCGCUAGCCUCGCUCGUCCUCGCCGGCCUCGGCACCUUCCUCUACACCCUCGUCGUCACCCUCGUCCGCCCGCACACGACCUCGCUCCGCAACCUUCCCGGUCCCGGUCGCGGCUCGUUCUGGUACGGCCAGAUUCCAGCAAUCCUCCGCGACCCGCCCGGCGUGCCGCACUGCGAGUGGCAUGAGCAGUACGGCGGCGCCGUCAAGUACCCGGGCUUCUUUGGCACGACCCGCCUCCUCCUGUUCGACCCGGCCGCCCUCACGCACGUCCUCGUCACGCGCUCGUACGAGUACCCCAAGCCCGACGAGGUCCGCGGCGACCUCGCCAUGAUCCUCGGCAAGGGCAUCCUGUUCGCCGAGGGCGACGACCACCGGCGCCAGCGCCGCAUCAUGGCGCCCUCGUUCGGUCCGGCCCACCUGCGCGAGCUCGUGCCCGUCUUCUUCGAGCACUCGCACCACCUGCGCGACGCGCUCAAGACGGCCAUCGAGGCGCGCGAGGUCGACGAGACGGCGUGGCGCGACGAGAAGCAGCGCGGCGAGUGGGAGAAGGACCACCCCGAGGGCGAGGUCGUGUUCGACAUUGCCAAGUGGCUCGGGAGGGUCACGCUCGACAUCAUCGGCGACGCCGGCUUCGGCUACAACUUCGAGGCGAUCUCGCAGAGCGGCAACUCGCUCGGCCGCGCCUUCGGGACCAUGUUCUCGCCGCGCGCCGGCGCAAAGCGGCCCACCGCCGGCCAGAUGCUGCGCCAGCAGUGGAUCGGGCGCCUGAUCCGCGCGCUCCCCGUCCUGCGCAUGGCCGACUGGGUCCCGAACGAGCGCGUGCGCAAGGUGCGCGAGGGGUUCAGGGUCGUCCAGACCGAGAGCGAGAAGAUCAUCCAGGCCAAGAUGGGCGGCGACGUGGUCGAGAAGGACGGGCUCGAGAGCACGAGGGGGAGCAAGGACUUGAUUGCGCUGCUGCUCAAGUCGGUCGAGAGCGAGGGCAAGUCGAGCAUGACGACCGAGGAGCUGCGCGGUCAACUCACGACGUUCCUCCUCGCCGGGCACGAGACGACCUCGACCGCGCUCGGCUGGGCCCUGUUCCGCCUCGCGACCGACACCAAGAUCCAGGACAAGCUGCGCCGCGAGGUGCGCGAGGGCCGGGCCAAGGCCGCCCAGGACGGCCGCGACGAGCUCGACCACCGCGACCUCGACGCCUUGCCGUACCUCGACGCCGUCACGCGCGAGCUCCUCCGCCUCGAGUCGCCCGUCACGGCCACGAUCCGCCACGCGUCGCGCGACGACCUCAUCCCGCUGUCGACGCCCGUCCCGUCGUCGACCGAGCCGGGCAAGAUGCUGUCCCACGUCGCCGUCAAGAAGGGCCAGGUCAUCUUUGUGCCGAUCACGGCCGUCAACAAGUCUAAGCGCGUGUUCGGAGACGACGCCGACGCGUUCAGGCCCGAGCGGUGGAUCGAGAGCGACGAGGGGACGGGCAAGAAGAUCGAGGGCAACGUCGGCGUCGCGAGCUCGAUCUUGACGUUCCUCGCCGGCCCGAGGAGCUGCAUCGGGUACAAGUUCGCCCUCCUCGAGUUCAAGGCCAUCCUCUCGGUCCUCGUCGACGAGUUCGAGUUCGACCUGCGCGACCGCGAGACGGUCGUCGAGCGUCGCAGCGUCAUCGUCACGCGCCCGAUCCUGGUUGGAGAGGAGGAGCACGGCAACAAGAUGCCGCUCCGGAUCCGCAUCGCCAGGCGCGACGACGACGAGCUCGAGUGAGGAGGGCGGGCGUGGGUCGACUCUGCUGUAGCGAUGCUCUGUCUUCGUUGUACUACUACGCUUUAUCUGUCG